AUGGGAGGGCGCGGUCGGGAAUUCAAACUGACAGGUGGGAGCGUGGCCGUUGGCGCCGGACCGGGACCGGAACCGGGAUCGGGACCGGGACCGGGACCGGGAUCGGGAUCGGGAUCGGGAUCGGGACCGGGAUCGGGAUCGGGACCGGAACCGGCGCAGGGACCGGCACAGCAUCGGGACCGGAUCGGGACCGCGGUCCCACCCGCCAUGUCCGCCACCGGCUGCACGUUCGAGGACCGGUGUGUGAGCGUGCUGUGCUGCCGGUUCUGCCAGCAGGUGCUGAGCUGGCGGGGCAUGCAGGCCGUGCUGCUGGCGGACACCGACACCCACCUCUACUCCACCGACAUCCCGCCCUCGGGAACCGUGGAUUUCAUCGGGAGCUGCUACUUCACGGAAAUCUGCAAGUGCAAGCUGAAGAACAUCGCCUGUUUGAAGUGGUGGAUUUUAAACGUGAGGAACUCCUCUGCUGGUUGGAAUCACCGGCCUCCCAAAGGAAAACAAAUAAAGAAAUCCAGCAGCAUUUUGUUGUGGGAACAUCGUUGGCUACCAUGUGAUUUGUCCCUGCAAGCCCUGCCUGCUGUCCUGCAACAACGGCCACCUCUGGAUAUUCCACAGCCAGGCCGUGUUUGGCAUCAACAGGCUCGACCCUUCUGGUGUGAAUGUAUUGCUCUGGGGCGAGCUGCCAGAUUUGGAGGAGAGCACAGAAGACACAUCCUGCACCUCUGAGGAGGAGUACAUCAGAUAAAUGUUACCUGCAGGAUCUUCCCUCUGCUGGUGGCCUUGCAUUCAUUUCAUUUUACCUGAUGGACCAUCAGAGCUUAAAAAAACAGGAAAUCUUGGGGGAAAAAAAUCCAAAAAAUCAAAAAAAAAUUUGAAUUCUUCUUGCUCUUUCCCUGUAACAUUCCCUGGACUCCUGAAUCUGCCUGGCAUGCACUCCCUGAGCAGAGAUACACCUUGGAAAUACAAAAUCCAUUUACUGAGCUCUAUUUUGCUUUUUAUUCUUCCCCCUCUCCAGCUGAUAAUCCUUUUCUUCUCCCCUAAAGCACUUUUCACAAAGCAAAAACCUCUCAGCUGCUUUCAGUCCCCAAAAAUAAACCCCUUCAGGAAUAAUCAGCCAGCUGAGGGGAGUUCUGGAAGAACUCAGCUCUGUGCUCACCAGUGGCCCCAAGUUUUGCUGUUCUUUGGAGCUUCUGGAGCACCUGAGGUUCCCUGGAUGCUCCUAAAUGUGCCCUGGGAAGCCUCUUAGAGCCUUUUCAUUUUUAUUUUUUAAUAUUUUCAGCAUUCUGUCUUUCCACAGAGGUCAAGUUCAUGAUUUUUUAUUCCCCCAUAAAACCUAAAUUCUGCAGUUCUUUAAUAGAACUUCAAGGCUACACUGGAGUUUUUCUUCACUAUAAUAAAACACAUCCACUUUCACAUAUAUAUAUAUAUAUAUUCUCCAAAACAAAACUCAGUCAUGAAAUUGGGUUUUUUUAAAGCAAAAAAAAAAAAAGAGAUCAGGUUAAAUAUUUAGUGCUCAUUCCUAAUUUCCCAUCCUGAGGUGCACAGACAAUCUGGUUCCUGUAGGUAACCAAUUCAAAGCUCAUUUUCUGGGCUGUUAACAAACCAUGAUGUUUAAUUUCUGACCUGAAAUUAAUCAUUAAUUUAAUUUCUGACCUGAAAUUAAUUACUGUCCCCUUCAGCUACUCACCUGAAGGCCACCAAUAACAAAAUUCCAGGUAAAUAUAAUAUCAGAGAACACAGGACACUUAAAUUUGGAUUGAUGCUGAAUAAAUCACUCUGCAGCCUCUUUGAUACUUGAAAGGGGUGGAAUGAAGACAGAUCUGAAUUGUCUCAGUGUUUUUACUCGUUAUCUAUUUCUUAAUUAAUGGUACUACCUCUUCUGCACUGUUUAAAUGUAUAUUGGUGUAUAUUUGUGUGUGUGAGUCUUGUUUGGAGUUCCUGUGUUGUGUCUGCCCAGGAAAUAAAAAGCUUUGGACUCUGGAGUCAUCAAUAUGGAUAUAUCAGAUAAUCAAAACAAUGAAAUAGCAUCUUGGAUUAAAAGACUAGAAUAAUUAGGGUUUUAGUGUUCUGAAUUUUGUUUUAGACAACCCAAAAAUCAAAUCACUUUUAUUGUGAUAAAAUGUCAGAAUAAAUAUAAAUGUCAGAUAAAUAAA